AUGGUGAAUGGGGCACCGUCUAAACCGUUCAAGAUGGAAAUGGGGCUUCGGCAAGGCGAUUCAUUAUCACUGUAUCUAUUCGUUCUGGUUGUAGAUGUGCUGAACAGGAUGAUCGGGGAGGCGUUCGCUGAUGACACUAUAAUGUUCUGCCCACCAGAGGAGGAGACAGUGAGAAAUUACAAGAGACUAUUGAGGUGUUUUGAAGUCAUGUCUAGGCUGAGCAUUAACUUCGACAAGUCUAGUUUGAUACCGGUAAAUUGUAGUCAGGAAUGGGUUUGGUUAGAUGUGCCAGUUACUAGGAUGCCAAGCGGCGAGUCUACCAAUGAAGUAUCUGAGGAUUAA